AGUCCCACAACCUUAGAAUAAACAAUAAAACCAACCUCUCAUUCUUGCAUACUUUGUUGCUUUAUUUUUCUGAUUUAAUGGCUAUAAGGUUUUCUCUUUUCUCACCUCCUCUUCUACCUCUACAUCACCCUGCUUCACUAAAACGGCCAAGAAACUGUAGACUGGUGAUGUGUGCCGGCAAUCAUCAUAUCUCAUCAUCAGUUCAUCUUCGGAUCAAAUCAUCUGAUCAUCACAGGACAAAGGUGUUUGAAGAUAGAUCGGCUGGUAUUGUUUGCUAUAAAGAUGAAAAUGGGGAGAUAACAUGUGAAGGGUACGAUGAGGGUCCUCGUUUUCAUCAGCAGAUAUCAAGAUUUACUUGUAAUUCAAGGGACGUUGAGAUUAUCGACAUGCUUCAAAGAUGUUGGCUUCAUGUGGGUGAUGAGAAUGAGUUGAGCGGUGCAGACAAAGGGGUAGCAGAACACAAGGAUUUUAACCGUAAUGGAUUCAACAAAUUCUGUUAAGUAAAAGCUAGUGUCGGCUUCAGACAACAUAUACUGAUGUAGAUGUUGGGAUGUAUACUUAACAAGAAUUCUUUUCUCUCUAGAAUCUCCAGUGUGAAUAAUAAGAAGUCCGCAAUUGUCCACAGCAGUA